UUACAGAAAUCCCAUACUAUAAAUACAAUUCAACUAUCUUUCAUCUUUUGAAGUUCUCUCUUCUCUGUCUUGUUUUUUUUUCUUCUCAAUCUCACAACGCAACCCAUCCCUUCAACGCUCUCUCACCUCCCUUUCGUUGAUGGCGUCCCAAGCAAGCCUCCUCCUUCAGAAGCAGCUCAAAGAUCUCUGCAAGAACCCCGUUGAUGGAUUUUCCGCCGGUUUGGUCGACGAAACCAACAUUUUUGAAUGGAGCGUCACUGUAAUUGGGCCUCCUGACACUCUCUAUGAGGGGGGAUUUUUUAAUGCCAUUAUGAGCUUUCCACCCAACUACCCAAAUAGUCCGCCAUCAGUGAAAUUUACCUCUGAGAUAUGGCAUCCCAAUGUUUAUCCUGAUGGGCGAGUUUGCAUAUCAAUUCUUCACCCUCCUGGUGACGAUCCGAAUGGUUACGAGCUUGCAAGUGAGCGCUGGACACCUGUUCAUACAGUAGAAAGUAUAGUAUUAAGUAUCAUAUCGAUGCUUUCUAGUCCUAAUGAUGAAUCUCCUGCAAAUGUUGAAGCCGCGAAAGAGUGGAGAGACAGGAGAGAUGAAUUCAAGAAAAAAGUUAGCCGUUGCGUGCGGAAGUCACAAGAAAUGUUGUGAUUUACAGCUGAAUUCUCAUUCUGCUUCUGUGAACUAAUGUAUGCAGUGGUUCACAUGUUACUGUUGGUCCCAGUAGAGACUGCCAUGUCUUGGAAAAACAAACUGUAUUCUAAGUGCUUUGUCACUAGUUUUAUGAGAAAUUUAGUUUGUUCAUUUGCAUGACCUUAUUGUUCAAAUUAUCAUUAGGUGCCAAGUUUUGCCUUCUGCUUAA